UGUUUGGGGGGCUGGGACAUUCCGAGCCCGCCUUUUUGAGCGACAGUUAUCUGAUGCAAUCAUAUUCUGCUUAGUAUGAGAGUGCGUAUGAUUGACAGCAAGCGGAACAAUGAGAAGCGGCUACAUGAUUUUUUAACGAACGCAGGGAUUUUACCAUCCAAUCCUUGUGUAGAAACAAGGCGGGGCUUAGCGUUACCAAGGCAAGUCUGAGUCAAGUAUAAAGGGAAUAACAUGGUAUCCCAGUGGCUGUUUAUGUUUACUUAAAGAACAGAUUUGAAAGGUCGUUUUGCAAGACACAGUGGACUUUUCUUUGUAGUUUCGCUGUUUCUCCCACUUUAAGUUUUUUUAUGUUAAGAUUUACAAGGCCACUGGCAUGUAAAUCUCAUAGUUCACUAAUGUGCCAGUCUUACAAAUGGAAAGGGGGCUUCACUUUGGAAACGUGAGCAUUUCCCUGGUGCUCCUACUGUUGCUGAAAGUGCUCAUCGGAUUCGGGACGUCGCAAACUCAGGGCUCCGCCAUCGGGAGGGAGCUGCAUUCAGCCAGCCGGGGUUCAGGUCCGACCUCGGAGGAAGAUGGUGCAAGAGUCAUGGAGCGGGGCUUGGAGAACAUCGGUGCCCCGGUGAUUGCAGCAGAUGUUACCGUGGAGGACGACGACAACGGCUCAGCGGGGGAGGCAGAGGACUCAUACGGAGAAAGUAACGCAAAUGUCCGACCGACGAGGUCUCUUGUGAUCAUCAGCACCCUGGAUGGGAGGAUCUCAGCUCUGGAUCCUCACAACCAGGGCAGGAAGCAGUGGGACCUCGAUGUCGGCUCAGGGUGCCUGGUGUCCUCCAGCCUCAGCAAACCUGAGGUGUUUGGCAAUAAGAUGGUCAUCCCUUCACUGGAUGGUGCCUUGUUUCAGUGGAACCGGGACAGGGAGAGUAUGGAGGCAGUGCCUUUCAGUGUGGAGUCCCUGCUGGAGUCAUCCUACCGAAUCGGAGAGGACACUGUCCUGGUCGGGGGAAAAUCCCUUACUACCUAUGGCCUGGGGGCCUACAGUGGCAAGCUGCGGUACAUCUGCUCUGCGGUGGGCUGCAGUCGCUGGGGAGAUGACGAGCUGGAGAGCGAAGACGUGCUCCUGCUGCAGAGGACUCAGAAGACUGUGCGAGCCAUCAGGCCCCGAUCUGGGAUGGAGAAGUGGAACUUCAGUGUCGGGAACUUUGAGCUGAAGCUCCUUCCUGAGAAGCAGUCUGGAAUGAACUUCCUGGAGGGAGAAGUUUCGAAUGGCGACCCCUGGAGGGAGAGACACAGGGUCAUCGCUGAUGAGGAGAGCGAGCAGACGGAGAACGACCAAAACCAGAAACAGCAUCUGGACCUCGUCAUCAAAGUAUCUGUUCCUGAUUGGAAGGUCAUGGCCUUCAGCACUGAGCCUGAUGGACAGCUGGUGUGGGAACGUCAGUUCUGCACACCCAUCGCUUCAGCGUGGCUCGUGGGCGGCGGUAAAGUCACCCCAAUCGCCCUGUUUGACGACAACGCCUACAGCGAUCAGUCGGAAACCGAUGAGGAGGAUGAUGAUGACAGUCCCAAGAAGGCCAGAGGAGCUGCAGAGUCCAGUGUUUACCUCGGGAUGUUCCAGGGACAGCUCUACCUCCAGUCCUCUGUGAGGAUCACUGAAAAGUUCCCUUCCAAAGCAAUUGCAUUAGAAAAGGACAUAAUUCCGCUACCCACUGUCAAAUGGAAACCUCUCAUCCAUUCCCCAUCUCGGACACCAGCCCUUGUCGGCUCCGAUGAGUUUGACAAGUGUCUGAAUAAUGACAAGUUCUCCCAUGAAGAAUACAGCAAUGGAGCUCUGUCCAUCCUUCAGUAUCCAUAUGACAACGGCUACUACUUCCCCUACGGCAGUCGUUACAGGGAGAAACGUGACAGUGCCGUAAGCGUGAUAAAGGGGAACGGGGCGGGAGGCGAGAAUCGCAGGAGAAAGGACCCUGUGCUGUUGCUGCCCUGGUGGAAGGAGAUCCUCGGCACCAUCGUCUUCUGCAUCGCCGCCACCACCUACGUCGUCCGCAAGUUCUUCCACCCCCCUGCCCCUGUGGCCUAUGUGAGGCAACGGAAAGAGUCAGAGACACAGUGCCAGACAGACUGCAAGUUCGACCUUGAGGUUGUGGAAUCCAAAGAGCCGGUUGCUAUGGAGACCCGAUCCAGCGAAUAUGUGUCCAGGUACCUGACUGACUUUGAGCCGGUGCAGUGCCUCGGCCGCGGGGGGUUCGGCGUCGUGUUUGAAGCUCGCAACAAAGUGGAUGACUGCAACUACGCUAUCAAAAGGAUCCGUCUGCCCAACAGAGAGCUGGCCCGUGAGAAGGUGAUGCGAGAGGUGAAGGCCCUGGCCAAGCUGGAGCACCCGGGGAUUAUCCGCUACUUCAACGCCUGGCAGGAGAGUCCACCUGAGGGCUGGCAGGAGGAGAUGGACCAGAGAUGGCUGAAAGACACCAGUACCACCGACUGGCCAAUGAGCUUCCUUGACCACAUGGAGGCGCUGUCAGUCAAAGUCCCAGUGUCCAGCUCAGUGUCGCCUGUCUCUGGGCCUGAAGUGGAUUCGCUGGAGGCCUCUGUCGAUGUGCGGGCCCUUCUCUCCAGCAGCGCCAGUGGUGCUGUGGGUUUUGGUGUCGAAGACCUGUCCUUCCACCCUCUGCUGGGCCACGACAGCCUGAUGUCUGAGAGGGACAGCCAGGCCGACCCAGACGCCUCAGACACCCCGCACUCUUUCGAGCUCUGUCCUCCACGUGGGCCCAGUGACUGCACCUCCUCUUCAUUUGACAUCGUGUUCGAGGAUUCCGGCUGCGACCGCGAUGCUGAAGCAGAUACAGACUCGACUUCUGGUGCUGCCAGUCCAGGCACGCUGACAGAGAAGAACAGCUCGUCUUCCUCGCACACCAGACACCGGCAGGAAUCGGUCCCCUCUUCCUCUUCCUUCCCCCCACGGCCAACCUCCCUCACCCUGGCUCUACCUACGACUCCUCCAACCCAGCGAGUCCAGCCGUCCCCCAAGGUGUAUCUGUACAUCCAGAUGCAGCUCUGCCGGAAGGAGAACCUGAAGGACUGGAUGGCUCAGCGCUGCCUCUCAGAGCAGAGGGAGCACAACCAGUGUCUGGACAUCUUCCUCCAGAUCGCAGAGGCCGUCGAUUUCCUGCACAGCAAGGGGCUCAUGCACAGGGACCUCAAGCCCUCCAACAUCUUCUUCACUAUGGACGACGUGGUGAAGGUGGGAGACUUCGGCCUGGUGACGGCCAUGGACCAGGAGGAGGAUGAUGACGAGCCGAGCGCCCUGACGCCCGCCCCGCUCCUGACCCGACACACGGGCCAGGUGGGCACCAAGCUCUACAUGAGCCCAGAGCAGCUCUCUGGAAACUCGUAUUCUCACAAAGUGGACAUUUACUCUCUGGGUCUGAUCCUGUUUGAGCUGCUGUAUCCGUUCAGGACCCAGAUGGAGAGAGUGAGAACACUGACUGAGGUGAGAGCGCUGCGCUUCCCAGAGAUUUUCUCCAAAAACAACGUUCAGGAGCUCAACAUGGUGCACAGCAUGCUGUCCUGGAGCCCCAGCGAACGUCCUGAAGCAGCCGAGAUCAUAGGGACUCCCCUCUUCCAGAACCUGGAGCUGGAGCUGCCUUGCCGACUGGCCAUGAGGCAACGAUCCCGCACCUACAGCGCCUCGUCCAUGGGCCGGCCCUCGCGCCAGACAUCAGCUACCUGAAAAUCCUGUGACGCAAUAUAUAACCCCUGUCCCACACUGCCCCCGUGUUUCCAGCUCAUCCCCCUGCCGGUCUGCCGCUCGAAAGAAACGCCUCAGCCCCAUGCCAUCACACACUGCCUCAAACAGGAUCACUUAAAACGCCAAGUAUGACAAGCGUGCGGGACUUUAUCUCGGUGGCUUUAGUGUAGCAAGACAACAAAGUCCUGCACACUUACUCUUCCUGGCAAAUACACGUGCUGUUACAUAUUUGCACACCAUUAUGCUGCCCACUUUCCCAAUUUUAAUCACACUUACAAGUGAAAGAAGAGUUUAAAAGCGACAGCGCUUGUGUAACGUUCACGACCGGACUUGGCUCAAGUGCUGCUUGCAAAUAAUUCUUAGUUUUAAAUGGCUCUGAGUACCAGAUGGGCUUUUUUCACUGCAGCCACUCAGCUCAGUGUAGAUGAAGCUGAACAUUUCCUGGCUAAGGAAAUGUUUACCUGUUAAACAACAAACUAAAUCACCUGGUACUCUGAGAUAAUUGACAGACUGCUAAGAAUUCUUUUCGUUAUGAUUUGAUCCCGGUCCGGUCAAAACGCGCUGCUUGCUUCCUACUUUCAGCCAGUGUUCACUCACCCACACAACUCCUCAGGUAUCAAAACCAAGAGGACACUCCAAAGGGGCCUUUGAUGCUUGAUCAUCCUUUCUACUAGUGACUAGUACUGAUCACUGGUACAGGCACCGACUGGUGUUCUGACACCCAAUAUGCCUGAUUUGGGAGACCAAAAAAGACCAUCUUUUUUUCCUAUGUGUUUUUUUUAAUGAGAGAAGGUGAUGUAUUGCAUAGAGAAGAGUUUAUGAAUCUAGUCCAUCAGAUAUGAUUUGCCUUUAGAAAGGGGCCUGUGGCCCCGUCUGAAUGAAUGCCGAGCCUCUGGCUCCUGUCUUUUUUGCAUGUACCUGAUAGGAAAGUGACGGGUUGAGUGUGAGUUUGUUAUCUUAAAGCCAGUACUUGGAAGCAGUUUUGCUGUAUGUAAAUUUCCUCAAUGACUCUGAGGUGCUCAAUCAUUUUCCAACAGCUCCUCUUUGUGUACAUAACUGAAGGAAAAAUCUGUUUAUAUCUUUUUCUUUGAUUCAAAAGAUACCUUUGAUUAAUCGUGUACAUAUUGUAAGGCGCCAUUGCUUGUAAAUGGCUUUUUUUCUUGAGGAAUCUGUAAGAUAUUGUGAUAUACUGUUGGAGUGGGCACAAAGAGGAGACGAUCUCUGCCAUUAAUGGAUAGCUGAAUGUUACAGUGUGACCUCCUCAGACAGGAUGAUGGUGGUCACCUCUUCUAGCUGUUUGAAAUUAUUCCCAGUGUUUGUUUUCACACAUCUGGGGUACCAAGUGGAAGGGGGUUUUCCCCGCUUUGAGCACCAGAGGAGAACCUGCACGACCAGAGUGCCAUUUGACGGUCAGAUAAGCGUACUUGUCUGUAACUGCUAAAACUCACCUCACAUUGUUGGAAUUGUGCUACUGUGCUCGGACCCCAUCCUGCUGGUGUUUCUGCAGCAGGACAGACACACAUACUGAGGUCUGCAGCUCUCCCCUGACGCAGGAAAAAUAGCAUUUAGCCAAGAUGAUGAUACUGUUUUCUCCCCUCUGCAUUGUCUACUGGGGACCUGGACCUGAUGUUGGUCAUGUGAUCCACAUUGUUUUAUGUACAUAAGAAGUGCUUGGAGAGUCACAUGACCUGUUUGUAACUACACACACAAACUGCUAAUUGUAAUGUGCUUUCAAUGAUUGUACUUUUCUAAGGAUCUUCUCUCUUUUUUUAAAAAAUAAGCACCGUUUUUUUGAUUAUUCUGCAGGGUUUUUACUGGAAGGUCACACUGAUGUUCGUUCAUCCAUCCACUCGGCCCACUGAAGAUGAGUCAUUCUUGUUGUAAAAUGAUCGGUUUAAAACAGACUGUUCUCCCACCAUGACGAAGGUGGGAACUGGAGAGUUUAGUUCCAUAAUGACAUAUGCACAGUUCAGAGAAGGGAAAUGUGAAAGCUCAUGCUGUAUAUUCACAAAAAGUUGCUUUAUGAACAACAGUGUGUAGGCACAGUUACUUGUCAUUUGUUGACUGUGACAAGUAAGGUGCUACGUAAGUCUUUUGUUGACUACCUAACAUCUUUUCAGUAGAAUUUAAAAAAAAAAAAAAAAAUUAGGUGAAAGGAUUUGAUGUUCCUGAGUUGUUUGUGGAUGAUCAACAGCAGAUAAGAAGGAAAGUUUCGCAAUUUAAAUCACCUGCGGUAGUAAAUAGUGUCUCAGCUUCACACAACUGACACUGAAAAUGGCAUUAUUGACAAUAGUGUAUUAACAAAGGUUCUAGAGUUUCUUUUCUUUCCACUCAAACCAAGAAAAUGUGAUUAUACAGUAGAUUCUUCAUGCUUUGUUGGAUCUUCCACUCCUACCAUCCAGGUAGCUUUUCCUGAGAAUAGUUCAAGUGAAAAAUCAGACCCCCCCCUCUCAGUCUCUGAUGUCUCUUUCGGGACAUUUAGUUGCGUGUUCUUGUGCACAAACCCCAUUCUCGGUCCAUGUUUAAUUGUAAAUAUGUUUAUUUGCUUUAUUUAUGUUUGGAUGAUGUGAUCAAUCCUUUUCGGGUUGGUGUUAUUAUGAAUGCGCUUCAUGCGAUGGAGCGCGUUGGGAUAUGAUGACUUCUUACAAGUCUAAAUUUAAUAAACUGUUCUAUUCCGUUUGUACA